GGGGUUCUGCUAAGAACCACAUCCCUUUUUGGUUUUUGCUUUGUAUGAAUGAGUUGAGGCGAGGCUAUUAAUUUGGGAGCAACUCAACUCUCCGCUUCUGUGAGAGAGAGCAGGACGGAGGACUUAAUUCUAAAAAGACAAGGGAAAGAAAUUGCAGUGAGGAUGCUGGAAGGUAAAGCAGUGAUUGGGGAGACAUACAUGCUGCAGACAAUGCAAGAAGAUGCGGUGAAGCUCGCCGCUCAAGCACUCGACUCUUUUGAUGUCAUCGACUCCACCCAUAUAGCCUGCUUCAUCAAAAAGGAAUUUGAUAGAUUGUACGGGCUGGGGUGGCAAUGCAUUGUGGGCACCAACUUUGGCUCCUUUGUUACUCAUUGCACCGGUUGCUUCAUCUACUUUUGCAUGGGCAACCUGGCCAUGCUCCUCUUCAAGGGCGCCUCUCUAGAUCCCGACACGUGUCCUCUUUCCCCCAUGGAGACCGUUCAAGCUUAGAUGUCGAGCAAUCUCGUAAAAGGCAAGAAAUGCAUGGAGAACAGAGAAAUUGAUAUGAAGAAUCGUGUUGGUUCUU